CAAUGGUGUCAUGUCAUCAACGGAUAGUGGCCACGAGUCAACUAAUUGGAAUCGCUUGGAGUUAUUUUUGAGUCCCUCAAUGCCGCUGUUAUGCGUAGACUCACAAAGCUUGUUGAAGCUGACCCAGGUGGAGACAUAGAGGGAGCUCUUCGCGACUUAUCCACCAAGUAUACACGCAACCGUUCUGGUGCAGAUCUUCGACGGGCCAAGACAGCACAUCUAGAAACUAGUUGUCCUGCGUCCCCGCCCAUCUUGCGAGAACGCUGCAGCCAUGAUCUCACUCCCCUAUCCUUUCAUCCGCAUGGGCCUUUUGAGGAGGACUACGUUAAGAUUGUGUCCCCCGUGUCUCGGUCGGCGAAGCCAUUUUACGUCUCUUUACUAUUCAAAAACCUCUAGCUGUGAAUGUUACGGCCGCUGUUGUUCCUCUUGACGAUAUUGUUGUGGUCAAGACUGGGUUCAACGUCAGCCCGGAUGAGCUUCACAUGCUCCAGUUUCUGCAGGCUCACACUCCUACCAUCUCGGCACCAAGAGUUCAUGGAUUCGUCACCAUCGGUCCUGUCUCGUGUUUGUUCAUGACACGCCUUCCUGGAGCUACUCUCAAAGCCGUCUGGCCGACGAUGACCGCAUCUCAGAAGCUCGCAGUGCAGUCAUCUCUCAAUGAUAUGCUCGUCACGCUUCGGAGUAUACCGUGGACCAGCAUUCGGAGCCCCGAAGCAAGAGAUGCAGACCCCAAGCUUCUGGGCUCGCUAUCGCCUCAGCCAGUCUGUAAAGACCUACGACGGAUCUUGCGCCAAACCGCGCGUCCUAUCCCCACCGAGGCCGAAUUCAACGAGUUCAUUGGCACAGACGAGCAAUCAAUGAAACACACCUCUGCUCGGUGCCGCGCAUGGGCGUUGUCGAUGCUGCGCUCUGACCAUCGUGUAGUCCUCACCCAUGUCGACUUACACCCCGACAAUUUCAUCGUCAACAUCUGUGACGAAGAGGGUGUUGAGAAGGUCACUGUUGGAAUCAUCGAAUGGGAGCUGGGAGGGUUUUAUCCAGAAUACUGGGAA